AUGAUAGGUCCAAAAUAAUUAUUUCUAAUUCCCUUAACACUUUACCAAAAUCAAGAAGAUCAAAACGUAUAGUGUUUGGAUGAUUUUGAAGUUAAAAUUUAAUCCAAAGAAGAAUUUUCUACCACUCAUAUCAUCUAAACUCAAUAUCCUCUCAAAAAGAGAGAGAAGAUCAAUAAAAAAGUCAAAUUCAAUCCCACCAUCAUACGCUAUAACUUCUGUGAAAGUGAACCGGCUAUCACCAUAUCUAAAUAGAUGAAGAAAUUGAUAUCAAUGUAACCAAAUUUAAAAUGGAUCAAUCCAACAAUUUGA